GAUUAGUGGAAAAACGAUAAUUUUGCCCUCUCAAAAUUGGAGAUUUGGAGGUUCCAAAGCACAAGCUACGGACCGUAGUACAAACGUGCUUAUCAAGUCAACUGGCAGAGCUACUCCUUAUCAGUCGGUCACAAGCUGAAUAUACAUACAUCAAUUAGUGGAACACAAUAAUCAUCAUUUGGAGAAACAAGGCCAGUUGUUUUACUGCAAUCCUGUAAGUGUGAAAAAUUCGUGUGGGGGAAAGUAGCGCUCCUUGGUGACAACUGCAGCAGACGGUCAGAGAAAUAAACAAUCCCGCCGAGGCCAGUGAACGUACUUUUCGUCAUAAAAAGUACAUUAAACUCAGCUGUUUGUAACUGUACCGUUCUGUUUUGUCUGGGUGAGUGCAAACAACGCUAAAGUAGCGAGCAAAAAGUUUAUAAAUAAAAUAAAUAUACACAUACAUACGCUCACCACGCUUCAGUUUCUUCGAGAAUUGUCACCACCCCCGCUCGACGACCCAUACCAACCGCUUUGGCCUUGCACCCCCUAGAAGCACAGCGAAAACAACAUUUGACAUUGUGCUCGGGCCCAGUACGCAAAAUUCGCUUGUGGCAAGUGUUCGCAAGUCGUGGCAUCAUGGUGGGACAGAAAAGAUUCCUGCUUACCGAAGUGGCCAUCCUCAACCGGGAUCACGUCAAAAUUCGCGAUCCCGACAAGGUGGAGCACAUGCUGAAUGAAUUGGUUGUCGGCGGGAUCGAUAAACUCCAAGUUGUGACGGAUUUUGAUUAUACAAUCACCAAACAAAAACUCAUGAAUGGGGAGAAGAUUCUGACCAGCUUCGGGAUGUUCAACGAGUGCAAAUCGUUGCCGGAUUACGUACUGGAGGAAACGAAACGGCUUUUCAACAAGUAUCGGCCGAUUGAAAUCGAUCCCCACAUGCCGCUCAAGGAGAAGGAGGUCUACAUGAUCGAAUGGUGGUCCAAGACGGGGGAUCUGCUGAAAGGUUUCCCACUACCACGGGAGGAAAUAGCCGAAGUGGCCAAGCGCUUCAAGGAUGGCCUCCGCGAUGGCACCCAUCAGAUGUUUUACGACUUGGAUCAGCACAAGGUGCCCUGCUUGGUAUUCUCGGCUGGUCUCGGCGAUUCGGUGGUAUCGGUCCUGCAACAAGCGAACGUAAUGCAUCCAAACGUGAAGGUGAUUUCGAACUUCCUGCAGUACAGCCCGGAUGGCAAUCUGAAUGGGCUGCAGGAUAAAAUGAUCCAUACUUUCAAUAAAAAUGAAACGGCCUUGAAGGGGACGGAGUACUACGAUCUGGUGCACGAUCGGGACCACGUGAUCGUCAUGGGUGAUUCGAUAGGAGAUGCCGGAAUGGCAGAUGGAAUCCCAGCGUCGUCGCAUGUGUUGAAAAUAGGAUUUCUGUUCGAUCAUGCUGAACAGAGUCUACCGCGAUACAUGGACACCUUCGAUAUAGUGCUAAUCGACGACCAAACGAUGGACGUCCCGAGAGCCAUUUUAGAAAUGAUAAAAAAUAAAUCUCAUCAGUGAAAAGUGUGUUUAGAUUGUUUUUAAAAUUUUACAAACAAAAAAUGAUAACGUUACGUAGAGUCGUAACAGAUUUUGUGUUUGUAACAACCUCCUCUGUUUGUUCCCAUCCACUUAGGGUCAAGUAAUCAAUGUUCGUUUUAGUUGGUAAGAAAACAAUCCCUUAAAUACCGAACCAUUCUAGCCUAUCGUAUGUGAGUCGACAUUAAUAUUGGAUAUUCAGUGUUAUAAAGCGAUUUGUCAAAUGUUUCUGUCGUUAGACUUGUUAGGCUUAUGGAUGUUGCACAAAAAAAAAAAUAAAAUUCCCUGUCAU